UUAAAUGACGACUGUUUUUGCCAAACCACCCAGCAGACAGUGGAAAAACCCCUGGUUUAUAAUGAUAGCAAGUCCAGCGCUUGAAUGGACCCAAAUCCGAACAGAGUCCAGACCUGGGUUUGGCAAGGUCUGAGGUGAAGAGAGACAUCAGCCUCGCCCUUCUGACGCUGUCCUGAGCCUCCGUGCCUGUCUGUGUUUCCGGAAGGUUCUGGAUGAGCCGUAUGGCAGCGGCGUCACUGCGGCCGAGCGCCAGGGAAUCGUGACGAGGAGCCGGGCACACGGGGGGAAGAGGCAGGAGAAGCUGCUCGGGGGGGGGCACAAUGAACCUCUGCUGGAGCGAGAUCAAGCGAAAGUCCCAUAACAUCAGAACGCGGCUGGAAGCUCUCUCUGACAACAGCGGCAAGCUGCAGGUAUCCCUGCAGGAGGUCACCGACUGGCUGACGCUGAAGGACGAGGAGCUGUCCCAGCAGCUGCCCAUAGGGGGCGAUGUAGGAGCCGUCCAGCACCAACUCGAGUUCCACCGGGCUUUUGUGGAAGAUGUGAAUUCCCGAGGUCCCUUCAUCUACUCAGUGCUGGAAUCUGCCCAGAGCUUCUUGACACAGCAUCCGUUCCCUGAGGAGGAGGCGCUCGUUGACGGCAAAGACACGUCACCGAGGCGGCGGAUUCAGGAUGUCAGCCGCUCGGUGUGGAAGCAGGCUAGCGUGGCCGGUGACCUGUGGGAGAAGCUGACGGCGCGCUGUAUGGACCGACACCGGCACCUGGAGCAGACACUGCAGCUCCUGGCCGAGGUGCAGGGGGCCGUGGGGGAGCUGGGCACAGCGCUGGAGCAGGCGGAGGGUGUGCGUGACGCCUGGGGGCCGGUGGGGGACCUCUUCAUCGACACGCUGCAGGACCACAUCGACGCCACUAAGCUUUUCAAGGAGGAGUUGACCCAAGUAAAGGAGGGUAUGGACCAUGUCAACAAUCUGACGCACCAGCUGGCCAUCUCUAACGUGCACCUCUCUGUGGAGAACGCCCAUUCGCUGGAGUUCCUCAACAGCAGAUGGAAGCUGCUGCAGUGCUCCAUUGAGGAGAGACUAAAGCAGCUACACGAUGCCCACAGAGAGUUUGGACCCGGAUCCCAGCACUUCCUGUCCAGUUCCGUUCAGGUUCCCUGGGAGCGCGCCAUAUCUCCAAACAAGGUUCCAUACUACAUCAACCAUCAGGCUCAGACAACCUGCUGGGACCAUCCAAAGCUGACAGAGCUGUACCAGGCCCUGGCCGAUCUCAACAAUAUCAAAUUCUCUGCAUACCGGACGGCCAUGAAGCUGAGAAGAGUGCAAAAGGCCCUGCGAUUGGACAUGGUGACCCUGACCAAUGUGGUAGAUGUCUUCCGGGAGCAGGAGAUACAGCAUGGAGAUCACCUGAUGGACGUGAUGGAGGUGAUCCACGCGCUGAGCGGCCUGUUCGAGCGGCUGGAGGAGGAGCGCGGGGUGGCCAUCAAUGUCCCACUGUGCGUGGACAUGUGCCUGAACUGGCUGCUCAACGUGUAUGACAGUGGUCGGAAUGGGAAGGUGCGUGUCCUGUCCUUCAAAACGGGACUGGUCUGCCUCUGCAAUGUGGACGUUCAAGAAAAGUACAAAUACCUGUUUCAGCAGGUGUCGGGCCCCGGCGGCCUGACUGACCAGCGGCAGCUCAGUGUCCUGCUGCACGAGGCCGUGCAGAUCCCUCGGCAGCUGGGUGAGGUGGCCGCGUUUGGCGGCAGCAACGUAGAGCCCAGCGUGCGCAGCUGCUUCCGAAUGGCCCCAGGGAGGCCUGCCGUCGAGGUCUCACACUUCCUGGAGUGGAUGAGCUUGGAGCCGCAGUCCAUGGUCUGGAUGCCGGUGCUGCAGCGCGUGGCCGUGGCAGAGUCAGCCAAGCACCAGGCCAAGUGCUCCAUCUGCAAGCAGUGUCCCAUAAAGGGCUUCAGGUAUCGCAGCCUCAAGCAGUUUAAUGUGGACAUCUGCCAGACGUGCUUCCUGACGGGCCGCACUACCAAGGGGAAGAAGCUGCACUACCCUAUCAUGGAGUACUACACGCCGACGACCUCUGGUGAAAAGAUGCGGGACUUUGCUAAGACAUUGAAGAAUAAGUUCCGCUCCAAGCAAUAUUUCAGCAAACACCCGCAGAGAGGCUACCUGCCUGUGCAGUCUGUGCUGGAGGUGGACGGCACAGGAAGCCCAAGCUCAUCUCCCAAGCUGCCGCAUGCAGACACUCACUCAAGGAUCGAGCACUUUGCCAGCAGACUGGCAGAGAUGGAGAACCAGAACUGCUCCUUCUUCACCGAUAGCCUUUCACCCGAUGAGAGCCUAGAUGAAGAUCAAUACCUGCCCCGUCAUUCCAGUGUUGCUGCAGAGCAGGAGCCCUUUGUGGGCCAGAAUCUGCUGGGCGAAAUCAACUGUGAGGACAGGGAUGAACUGCAGCGGACACUGGCUCAUUUGGAGCAUGAAAACAAGGUCUUGCAGGGCGAGUACCGGCGCCUGAAAUGGCAGCAUGCAGAAGCUGCAGCCUCACCCCAGCUGGCUGAGGGGGCUUCUGGCUCAGCCCCAGGCGAGCAGGAUGAGGAGCUGUUGGCUGAGGCCAGAGUCCUGAGGCAGCACAAGAGUCGGCUGGAGACCCGCAUGCAGAUCUUGGAGGAGCACAACAAACAGCUGGAGUCACAGCUCCAGCGCUUGAGGGAUCUACUGCUGCAGCCCAAAGAUGAUUCAGAGGCUAAUGGAUCUGUGCCUUCAACUGUGUCCUCGCCUGUUUCUGGGAGUGGCCAGCAGGGGGAGAGGCUGAGCAGAGAGACCCCAGAGACAGAAAUUGCAGAGGAUGACAUGGAACAGGACCAGCGGGACACAGUAGUGCAACUCCAGCAGGUAAUUGAACAACUAAGGAAUGUCUUCCCACCAGAUGUAGAUGUUUCAUCACCCAAGUAAUCUUGGACACAGCUCAUAACGUGGACCUUUGCUUGUCAGAAUCCCUGGCCAGUUCUACCAAUGCACCACGUAGCACCCUAGAUGCUACUGCACUAACACAUAAGAAAACUCAUCGUCUUUGUGGACCCAAUUGUUUUUAGCAGCUUUAAAAAGAAAAACGAGAGAGCACUGCACAGACUUCACUCUAACAAAGAAGCGGACGUGAGAGUCACUUCUCUAUUUUUCUUUUGGUUCAAUCUUGGGAAAGCUGUUGCUCACCCUCACCAAGUCCGACACCAAGAGUGGAUGUUGUUUGGUGACUAUUUUUGUUUUAGCCAUGCAAGUUCUGUGCUCCUGUGCUGUUAGGUCAAAUACAGAAAUGCAUUAAGAAGCUUUAGUUGUUGAAUUUAUGUUUGUUUCCAAAGAAAUCGCGUGCUUCUUUCAUAAUGGUGUUGAGUGAAUCAUUUUCAUGCAGUUCUCCUUGUAUCGUUUUAAAAGGGGAUGUUUCUAAUGGAGUUAUUCUUCACAGCUAAUGUUAAUAAAGAAAAAAAUAACGUGGUACUUAAAUUAACUUAAAAUUAAAGACCUUUGGUUUGUAAAUCAUAGGUGAGACCAACCUUUGUUUGUUUGAUGCUCUUUUUCUGGGGUGGAAACGCUUGGCUGCUAUUGGCCUGAGCCCCCUGACCGGCUCCACCCCUACACAGCCUGUAGCCUUUCUGACAUGGAGGAAUAACCAUCUUAGGAUCUGUCUGACAUCAGCAUGUUCCUCCACCCAGGGUAGCAGGAAGGAUUCAGUAAUAGAACAGCUCUAGGCUCCGGCAGCACACUAGAAGAGCACAGUUACGUGCCUUAAUUUAGUGCUUCUCAACCUGCUCCCUCCCAGCUCCUGGUAGCAGUGAUCUGAGUGGGAGCAGUGAGGCAGGGACUUGGGAGGGAGCAAAAACAUGGACCGGCUAGGCUCCCCGAGGCUUAAACACUAGUUAAACCUUUUGGACUGAUGUGGGUUGAACUAGACCUUAUGUCAUACACUGAAUAUUGUGGAAAAUGAAAAUGUUUCUCAAGCCAGGCUUUAUGAUCUCUUUUAUGAUCAGACACAGUGUUACCAAGAAACCGAAAAUAUAUGUAGCCCUCCGUGAGAUGGACAAUGUGAGUGUACGGUAUUUGUACUAUAAUAAUUAUUAUUAUGGUUGUUAAUAUUUAAUAAUAAUAAUAAUAAUUAUUAUUAUUAAUUAAACAUAAUAAUAAUAAUAAUAUACAACAUACCUAUUCAACAACAGAAGAGACAUGGGGCCUGUACUACACAGCUGGAUUUGUUACUUAGCCAGAUAACUUGUUGGAUUUAAGGUACCCCGGUUUAAACAAUCUUUGUUCACUUACAUUUAGCCCAGACUACCUUAAAUCUGACAAGUUAUCUGGCUAAGCAAGAAACCCAGCUUCAUGAUACAAGCCCCUGAAGGUAAUUACUGAUAUGAGGAGGCAUACGCUUUUUUUCAUAAUGUGCGAAGAGGUUGUACAGUUCGGAUAGAGGGAUAAGAGAGACUGGCUGCUGUUAUUUUCAGAGUUAUCUGUAAAUGUGCCCUAGGUAUCAGCCAGGUGUUUUGUGGUACCACUUACAGUAGGGAGUAGAGAGAUUGUACCACGCCGUUCAGCAGCUGUGGUGUGCACUGUUAUCUAAGUAUGGUGUUGUGGUUGUCAGUAUGUUUUAGCAUUUCCACCUGAAUGUAGAACAUGAAAAUGCAUUUCAUCCAGCUUCCAGACAGACUUGCCUCUUGGCACAAUGUUCACAUCAGACAUCAUGCAGGCUGUUUGUUCAGAUGGAGUCUCACUCUCAACCACUCUGUCCAAGAAGUUCAGGUCAGCUUGCAGGACGGUCAUUGUAAUCUCUGAGAAUUUCUUCAUUGCUAAUUGACCUGAAAUGGAGUAGAUGUUUACUAUUGUCUAUCCCUUAGAUUUAACAAGCAAAUAGGUUACCUCUCAUGUGUCUUUAGUUCCUCUGUGUUAUUAAUCCUUUCACUUAUGUGUAAUUUCUGACAUGAGACUGAUAGUCGACAUGCAGUCUGCCAAAGUUCUUUUUCUCUGUGUUGAUGGGUUUAAAACGAAAUCAAAGGGAUGAUUAAUUUUCUAUGGAGUUUAAUUAGUUUGUUGAAAAUCUUUUGGCUAUGCACAUCUUUUUCCAAUGUUGUACACCUCUCCUGAACAACCACUAAGAAGGCCCCUUUUUCUUAGAUUUUAAAGAGAGGAUUCUGACUGGAAUUGUGUGUCUCUGGUCUUUCCUGAAUAUGUUCACUAUGUGUAAGUACACGUGGAGUAUAUCCAAAGUUUUGCAUACUAAAAUAGCCAUACUAGAAAAAAAUUACAUAUGUAUAUACAUUAAAUUGAACCCUUUUUAAAUAAUAAUAAGAUAAACAACGGUUUGUGUUUUAUUAAUGAAAAGGGUCGUUCUGAGACAGGGAAUACUGGAAAACUUCGCCAUAAUGUGUCUUAGCAACAGUCCAUGUGGUGAGGGUUGUGUGAACUAUUUUUGAAGAUAAUGUCUAAAAACAAAGAAGUGUGAUUCUCACUGUGGCUGCUAACCCCUUUGCUUUUCUAUUACGCUGAGAUGAUGAAUGAUGUCGCCUGAAUUAAAUUAACAACUGUGCUUAAACUAAUAUGGCUGCUCUGCCGGGUUUUAUUCACCGACAGAAAUUUCUACUCACAUAUCACAUUUUUUACUAUAUAUUUUUUUUUUGUGGAAUUUCUCUUGCAUUAUGUUUUUAUUAUUAUUCAUCGUUCACUUAUAUUGAAUUUUUUCCUUUACAAAUUGUAUCAAGACUGGGCUACUUAACAUAGUUUCUUUCUACUCAUGCUGUGUAUAUAAAUAAAUUUGUACUUGUAUGGAAAGGAUUAUUUCUGGAUUUCUUAAGCGUUUAAAGACAAUUACAUAAAUCUCCAUCCUUAUCCCCUUUCCCUUGUUUAAUUUUUAUUUCUUUUGAAGGAGUGGCUGAAUCUUUGGCUGAAUAUGCUGACAGUCUUAUCCACAAUUUUUGAUGUGUUAUUUGAGUGUAAACACUUAUUGACUUCGUUGGUAUUUAAGACAUUUUAAACUUAUCCGUGUCAACUCUUUUUAAUCACCCUCAUUUUGUCCUUGUAUCAAGAUGCCCUUGAAUUUGCAACUCACUUCAUUUUCACUUCACUUUUAAUUAUGUGUAGCUACUGACUCCUUAUUGAUCGUUCCUGCCCACACAGAGCGUUUCUGCAUUUCAUCAUUAGUCGAGUCUCUGACAAGCCACUUUAUCACUGGCUGACAGCGGAAUCUGAAGAUAUGCUCACUGCCCCAGGACCUUCCUUUGCGUUUGUAUUCCUCAGUGCCUGAAGCUUAGUUCUUGAAACUCUGGGUUUCUGCCAGGACUGUUAUGGUCCUUCCUCUGAUAUGCAGCUGUUUGUGACACUGACAAUCCCCUAACUAGCAAAGGAGUCACCCCCAGAGGCUCUGAUAGGUUUUUCUAUUGCAUAAACACUACCCGCAUUUUAAUGGUAUACUUCAAUACCCACCCCCAUUAAAGUGAAACUGUCAAACAUGAGAUCUGACAAAAAAUUACAAUGCUGUGUAAAGCAUUCAUGUACUUUUUUCCUUCCUUGGUUGAUUUUCCAGUAAUCAGUUGGUACUGAAAUGUGACAUCUGCUGGGUUCAGGGGACGUAACCAAGACCUUCCGAUGUAAACACAUCUGUGAGGGGAAGUGUAGGUUAGGGUUAGGUGUAGGGUUAGAGUUAGGGGUUAGGGUUAGGGUGGGCUUUGAAGGCAAGGCCUGGUGAUUAUCAGCACUGAUACAUUCGCAAAAGGUAAAAGGAAAAAUUUUUUCCUCUAGGACCAAGACUGACUACAGACUUACUGACUUCAGAAUUUAAAAUGUGCCAUUGUCAUGUCCUUCUUAAUUUAUCCUGUGAUUUUAUUCAGAUUAGUGGUUUACAUAUGGUUGAUAUGUUAUAUUUAUGUGGGACCUUCAGAAUGUCAGCGCACCAAGCCGCUGUGGCUGCUUCUCAUUAUUCCUGCCCCUUUGUAUUGUCAGUAGCAUUAAGGUACAGAUUUGGUUGAUGAAGAGCAGCUCAUGUAAGCAUGUAAGACCCUUACUUUACUAUCACAUCCCUCCACUGUGCUCCACGCUGUUUAAGCCAAAUCUUUUGUUUAACUGGAGAAUAACACAUCAGUUUGGUGACUGGAGAAUUCCACUGUUUGGUAACUGGAGAAUACCACAUCUGUUUGGUAACUGGAGAAUACCACUGUUUGGUAACUGGAGAAUUCCACUGUUUGGUAACUGGAGAAUUCCACUGCUUGGUAACUGGAGAAUACCACUGUUUGGUAACUGGAGAAUACCACACCUGUUUGGCAACUGGAGAAUUCCACUGUUAGGUAUCCGGAGAAUUCCACUGUUUGGUAACUGGAGAAUACCACAUCUGUUUUGUAACUGGAGAAUUCCACCGUUUGGUAACUGGAGAAUUCCACCGUUUGGUAACUGGAGAAUACAACAUCUGUUUGUCACACGACUCACAGCAUUCUGCAAUCAAACACUUCUCUCGCCACCGGAAAGCUGCUUGUAAUUGUAGUUUUUGAUUGCCCGAUACCCCAUACUGCACUAGUCCAGGGAUACUGCAGAUUUACAUGUUUACUGUGAAGCUACCAGUAAAACAACAGCACUGUUGAGACUGCAGUCUGACCAAACUUCUGCUAACACAGGUGCCAAAAGCUGAAACUAUA